CGCUACAUAUGGAGAAUCGACCAGCUGCAAACACCACUGCGGCGCCGGUGUCCACCUCAUCGACUGUUGCCCUAUGUGGACCAAAUCCUACUGAAGAAGCUGUUGUUCAGAUGGAGAAUUUCAAGAUGCGGUGGUACUCAAUCGCUCGUUCAGAAACAGUCAAUAGAGAGGAAGUGAUAAGUACAUGGUAUGUCUACGAAUAUGUAUCAGUGUACACGAGAGAGGAAAUUAAUUCAAUAGAAUUAAUGAAACAGUUCUGGAAAACACUACAGGCAAGUUCAAGAAACAUAGAUAGA